AUUACUGUGGUAAUCAGCCUGGAGCUCACUGCCCCAGCAAACAUGUUCAGUAGUUAUUUAUUUGAUUUUGACUUGAAUGAAUAAAAUAAUAACACCCAACCCUAGGCCUCCUCAAUAUCUAUUUUAGAUUUUUGGAUCCUGACUGCUUUUAGUGUAGAUUUUCCUUAGGAAGGAAGAGAACUCAAAGUGGUGACGCUAAUGUUUUAAAUGCAGGUAAAUAGAAGGCUGUUUUUUCAUUACAGAAAUGAGGAAGUCAACAGGAAAGAGAUCAGAUUUCUACUUUGAUAAAUUGAACCUAUUAAAUGUUUUGGCUUUUACCAUUUUCAUAACUACAGGUUAAACAGGUUGUGUCACUCACUACAUAGCUUUGUAUUUGUUUGAAAAGUACAACAGUCCCUCCUACUGGACUUUGAUCCAGCAAAAACCACUGUUACCUAACAACCUCAGACUGUCACUGGAACGCCAGUACGAAGAAUCUUCUCUAGUUAUUUUUAAACAUUUUUGCAUAUAUAAUUUAUUUAAGCUUCCAAAAUGAUUAGAAAACUUCUUAUUGUCCUGCUUUUGUCGUUUGUGACUCUGGGAGAAGCAAGGAAAUCAUUUCUCAGUUUUCUGAAUAUAGAAAAGACUGAAAUACUAUUUUUCACAAAGACUGAAGAAACCAUCAUUGUAAGAUCAAGUUACAAGGAUAAAUGGCCAAACUCUAGUUACCUCUUCGUGCAAUUAGAAGAUCCUAAAAUGCUGCGAGUGGUGAAUGUGACCAAGAUCUUAUCGGAUGUUACAAACUUUACCAUAAACCUAGUGACAGAAGAAGAUGGGGAGACAAAUUUGACCGUUCAACUAUGGGAUUCUGAAGGUAGGCAAGAAAGACUCAUUGAAGAAAUAAAGGAUGUCAAAGUCAAAGUGCUCAGACAAAGAAAAGACAAUGUUUUCCAGGCAUCAAUGCUUAUUGAUAGAAAUAUCCUAAUGCUUUUUCUACCAGUGAUAUUGUUAAAUAAAUGUGCGUUUGGUUGCAAGAUUGAAUUGCAGGUGUUUCAAACAGUAUGGAAGAGACCUUUGCCAAUAAUUCUUGGGGCAGUUACACAGUUUUUUCUUAUGCCCUUUUGUGGAUUUCUUUUGACUCAGAUUUUGGCAUUGCCUGAGGCACAGGCCUUUGGAUUUGUAAUGACCUGCACAUGCCCAGGAGGGGGUGGGGGCUAUCUCUUUGCCCUGCUUCUAGAAGGAGAUAUCACUUUGGCCAUUUUGAUGACUUGCACGUCAACGUUAUUGGCCCUGAUAAUGAUGCCUGCCAAUUCUUAUAUAUACAGUAGAAUAUUAGGGUUAUCAGGUACAUUUCAUAUCCCUGUUUCUAAGAUUAUGUCAACGCUCCUUUUCAUACUUAUACCUGUAUCAGUAGGAAUAGUCAUCAAGCAUAGAAUACCUGAAAAAGCAAACUUCCUGGAGAGAGUAAUUAGACCUUUGAGUUUUAUUUUAAUGUCUGUAGGGAUUUAUUUGAGUUUCAGAAUAGGAUUAAUGUUUCUAAAAACAGUUAGCCUAGAGGUGCUUCUCUUGGGUGUCUUGGUUCCUACUUUGGGUUUGUUGUUUGGGUACUCCUUUGCUAAAAUUUCUAUGCUGCCUCUUCCUGUUUGUAAAACUGUUGCUAUUGAAAGUGGGAUACUAAAUAGUUUCUUAGCCCUUGCCAUCAUUCAGCUCUCGUUUUCACAGUCCAAGGCAGACUUAGCUUCUGUGGCUCCUUUUACAGUGGCCAUGUGUUCUGGAUGUGAAAUGUUACUGAUUCUUCUGGUCUACAAGGCUAAGAAAAGAUGGAUCCUUAUAGAAGAGACAAGAAAAAAAAUUCCCCUGGUCUAACAAUUAAAGCAUUAUUGAAUUCCUACUCUGAAUGAGGUACGCUGGGAGACUCAAAAGAAUAUCUAAAAUGAUACCUGCCCUCAACCCACUUAUGAUAUGAUUGAAAACUUGACAUUAGGGGUGAAAUAUAUAUGUAAUCAUGUGUGCUAAACACCCAAAGGAUAGUGCAGUCAAUUAAUUGUAUGGGAAUUCAGAAGAAGGAAACCACUGUUCAACUGUUGGUUUGGAAAUGGUUUUACAGUUGGAUUUGAAUAUGAUACUUUAUGAUGGUCUCUUAAGUGGUAAAGGGCAAUUAAAAA